UUCCACAGUCACUCACAGUCACAGCAGCAGCCAAGAGGAAGAAGGAGAGCAAUGUCGGAGUAUGUUCCAGACGAAGUGGUGGUCGACAUCCUCCAGAGACUCCCCGUGAAAUCCCUAAUCCGAUUCAGGUGUGUUUCCAAAUCAUGGAACUCUCUCAUCACAAGCCCUGCCUUUGUUCAUUCCCAUCUCAAUCAAUCGAUCCCAAACAACAACAAUCUCUUAAUAGUCAGACACUGCUCUUCUAGCGCCAAUAGAGCUCUCGAUAAAGAGCACUACAAAUUGUUCUACGAUAACGAAGCAUUCGAGGAGUGUGCGGAAUUGAUUUCCCAGCAAAGAGCCUUGAUAUGUCUUUCAGAACAAGAGCGCUAUGUUCUUUGGAACCCGUCGAUUCGAAAAUGUUGGAAUCUUCCAAAACCUUGCAUUACGGCCAGGAAGCACAGUGGCUCUACUUGUCACGAAGCCUUCGGAUUUGAUCCGCGGACCAACAAUUAUAAGGUUGUGAGAAUCGUAAUUCAUCAUUCGACCAAGGACGCUCUGGUUGAGGUUUACUCUGUUAGCACAUGCUCGUGGAGAUUAUGCAGUGCCUCUUUAACGCCUUCGACUAAUUUUACUGAUUGGAGGAAACCCAAAGCUUGCUUAAAAGGCUCUGUCCAUUUUGCAGCACUCGGUCAGCGGAAUGGGACUGGGAUUGGAUUUGUAUUGUCGUUUGAUCUGCAUGAUGAAGUGUUUCACGAGAUGAUCUUUCCACAUAAUAUGACCCGCUCGCACACCGAUAUUGUUACUUGUGUAUUUAGCGGAUCACUUGCUUUGUUAUGUUAUGAUGAGAAAAGGUUUUCUUGUUCCAUAUGGGUGAUGAAAGAGUAUGGUGUGGUUGACUCUUGGGUGAAACAGUUCACUAUUGAUAUAGCUGGAGGAAUUGAGAAAAAUGUGCUAGGUUUCAGGAAGAAUGGUCAUAUAAUAUUGGAGAUUAGGAAAGAAGUUUAUUAUUGGGAGCUCUUCUCGUACGACCCUGAAAGCCAACAAGCUACAAAAUUGGAAAUGCAGAAGAAUAUGCACACAUUUUGUGUUGACACAUACAGGGAGAACCUUGUCUUACUCAACCAAGCGAAUUUAGUUUCCAGACGUAGGGUGACCAAGAAGAGGAAAAAUAGGUAAAAGCGUAAUUCACCUCAAAGUCUUAGCAUCAAAUGCUCUUAGUCAAUUCUAUCUUAUUUAUGCUUUAUACUAGGAAAUGUGU